AUGAAACUCAACCGAGGACAUUUUCGCGCCAUAAUUUAUUACAACUUUCAGAGACAAUUAUCGCAACAAGAAUGCCUUGCUGAGUUACUGUCUGUUUUCGGCAACGAAGCGCCACAUCAGUCGACAAUUUCCCGUUGGUAUGGAGAAUUCAAACGUAGACGGGUGAGUCUUAGCGACGAUCCCAGGGUGGAUGCACCAAAAACGGCAGUCAUCCAGGAAAACGUCGAUGCUGUGCGCAAACUCAUAAUUGAAGAUAGACAUGUGACUUAUCACGAGAUUGAGGCGUCCUUGAAGAUCUCAAAGACUUCAAUUCAAAAAAUUUUACAUAAAGAAUUAGGAGUAAGAAAAUUAGUUUCUCAGCAGAAAGCAGCCAGGGUUAAUUGGUGUCAAAUAACGCUUGACCGUUUCAAUUCCGGAAACUCAAAAAAUGUGUACAGCAUUGUUAGUGUUGAUGAAUCGUGGACUUACUCUUAUGAACCAGAAAAUAAACGACAGUCGGCUGUUUGGGUGUUCCAAGGUGAAGAAAAGCCAACAAAAGUCAUCCGGUCUCGAAGUGUUUCGAAAAAAAAGGUCGCGACAUUUGCAUCAAAAGCGGGUCAUAUUGCAACAAUUCCUCUUAAUGAGCCAAUAACUAUUACUGCGGAGUGGUAUACCACCAUUUGUUUGCCAAAAGUCAUCACCGAGCUUCGAAAUAUUAACCCCAAAAGAAGAAAUAUCCUCCACCAAGACAAUGCAAGCCCGCACACAGCCCAAAAAACAAGGCAGUAUUUAACGGAAGAAAACGUGGAAUUAUUGGACCAUCCUCCAUACAGUCCCGAUCUAAGUCCUAACGAUUCCUUUACUUUCACGAAAAUUGAAAACAGACAGCGUGGUCAAAGGUUCCAGUCACCAGGAGAAGCAGUUGACGCAUUCAAAAAUGCCAUUUUGCAUCUGCCAGCAAACGAGUGGAAUAAGUGCUUCGUAUGUAUUAAUCUUCGUGGAGAAUACUUCGAAAAACAAUAA